AUGCCUGAGCAUCCGUUGGUAUACCCGUCUUCCGUCCAAUACCGUCCUGGACGCGUGCAAUCACUUGAUCCGGAUCAGGAAAUUUUGCUCAAACAAGCUUGGGCCUUUCUCUUGCACUAUUGGGGAUAUGGCCUGGACGUGCCGAUUGAAGAUAUAGAAAGCAAGCAUGCUUUUGUGGCAUCUUCGGUAACUGCUCUUGCGUUGCACAGAAGCAAAACAGGACAUUCGCUGAUUUCGGAACACAAGCGGAAAAGAUCGCUUUUCCAUCGACGGAAAACACAACAUGAAAAGCCGUUGAGUGCCACCAGAGCAAAGCAGUUGACCCGGCUGCACAUGGAAAAGUAUGAGCACGUGGAAUCGGCGUCAGCUUUCAUCAAACAUGUGUAUCAUUCGUAUGAAGGUGCAGAAUCCGAACCGGAUAUCGAUUCCGAUGUGAGCUCUGUCCAGACAUUCUACACUGCCCAUUCAAUACUCUCUGACAACAGUGGCAACACUAGCGUAACUGACAGUAAUGGAAAGAACCAAAAAAGAAACGGUCAGCAGAACUUACAAACCGAACAAGAAAAAACAGGUGGAAAGCCGGACGUCGAUCAGAUAUCGGCGUACAAAGUGUCGCCCCAGCGGAACAUUAGACCUUUCAUGGCCAAGUACGAUCCGCAGGUACUCCACUCUUCUUUCAUAGCCUUUUCCCGAAACGACUUGGUGGACAACCUUUUGCUUCGCUACAUUCGGGCCCGCAAAUAUGUUUUCAACGACGCCAUGCAGAUGCUUGCCAGAAGCUUACACUGGAAGGCCGAAGAGUACCGUGUGAACGAUAUGCUCAUGGAAGGAGAUGCUCCGGCCUACAUCGCUGGAGAUACACGAGAAGUAGGCUUCAUCAAGAAUUUCAUCGUCAGCAAGCUGUUUAUCAGGGGACAAGACCGGAAUAAAAACCCGCUUUUCGUGUUUCAAUCAAGUAAGCAUUUCGCUGCAGACUCGCCUUUACCUGAAACAGAGAAGUUUGCGCUUGUGGUGAUCGAAUGGUGCCGCUUGUUUUUACGUGAAGUUCAUGAGUCUGUGGAUACAUGCUCGGUCAUGUUUGACUUGACGGGUUUUUCGAUGAAGAAUGCCGACAACGCACCCAUAAAAUUUUUGAUGGCCAUGUUUGAGGCCCAUUAUCCGGAAAGUUUAGGAAUUGUCAUUGUGCACAAUGCACCAUGGAUCUUCCAAACGGUGUGGAGCAUUAUCAAGAACUGGUUGGACCCCGUUGUGUCUUCGAAAAUUCACUUCACAAAGGGCUACAAAGAUCUAUGCGAGCUUAUUGAACCCAAGUAUAUCCCAGAGUAUUUGGGAGGAGAAGACAAGGCAGACUUGACGUACAAACCUCCGUCAAAAGAACACACGCGGCCUCCAAAGAAAAAAGACGCACAUUACUAUGAGCUAGUGGCACGGCGCCAUGAGCUUUUCACUACAUUUUUGGAUGUGACCAAAAGGUGGGUGGAGAGUACAAACCCGGAGGUGAGCUCUCAUUACUUGCGGCGCAAAAUUUACUUGAGUUAUGAACUUUCAGACAAUUACAUUGAGUUAGAUCCUUAUAUUCGGAACCCGGGUGUUUACGACCGUGAUGGCACUCUUGUGUUGCGCAACUAG